UUAAUUUGAAUAACUCUGCAAUUCUAAAUACAAAUGAUGCAGAGAAUGUAGACUUGUGGGUGCAAAAACUGAAAUAUACAAGUACACCCUUUGGACACAAAAAUGAACUUUGUCACAUUAACCUUCCAGAGAAAGACAAAUUGAUUUUGGCAGAUAAUACAAAUAAUGGUGUAUAUAACAUAGAAUAUCCCGAGAAGCUGCAAAGAAAGAAGAAAAAACAGUGCAAAGAAAUAUUAAGUUGCAAAAAUAAUGGAACUAGCAAGGAUGGCUGUGAAUCUCAAAUUGCUGAUGAAUCCAAGAAGCUUAAACGGGGAAAGAAAAGUAAAUUUAAAGAUUUUUUAAGUCGUCAAAAAUGUAAUGAUACUAUCAAUGAUGACUGUGACUUCGAAUUGGUUGCAGAUGAUACAAAUAACAGUAUUAAUACAGAAGAUCCUGAAACUUUGGAACCAAUAAAGAAAAAACAAUAUAAAGAAAUUUUAAGUCACAAAAAUGUCGCUUUUAUUAAGGAUAACUGCGAUACCCAAGAUGAUGCAAAUAUUGUUCAUGAAAUAAAAGAGCUUGAGAUACUUCAAGUUAGAAAGACAAGUAAAAUUCAAGAAUUUUUAAGUCGUUUCGAAAGUAUUGAUGAUGCCGAGGAUAACUUGGAAAAGCGUGAGACUCUCGAAGAACUAAAAGAAAAAAUGAAGAGAACGUUUCUUGAUGCUUUGGAUAAAGCAACUACGUAUGAACAGUGCGAGUUGAUACGUAAAAUAAUAGCUCCAUUGCAUCCUACGCUGGAUAAAUGUAUUUCAAAGGGAGGAAUAGAAGAAAAAUUGUCUAAAAGGUUUGCAGAGGAAAGAACACAAAAAGAAUUGGAUCUAACACCGGCUAACUGUAUUCCAAAGAAAAGAACAGAAGUAUUAGAUCCUAUGCUCGCUAAAUGUAUUCUAGAGCAAGGAAUAGAAAAAGAAUUAGAUCAUAUGUCGGCUAAAUGUAUUUCAAAGGAGGAAACACAAAAAAAGUUAGUACCUACGCCGUCUAAAUGUAAUCCAGAGAAAGGAACAGAAGUAUUGGAUCCUAUGCUGGCUAAAUAUAUUCCAGAGGAAGGAAUAAAAAAAGAAUUAGAUCAUAUGUCGCCUAUAUCAAAGAAGGAAACACAGAAAGAGUUAGAACCUACGCAGUCUAAAUGUAGUCCAGAGAAUGGUACAAAUGAAGUAUUGGAUCCUGCGCUGGCUAAAUGUAUUCUAGAUGACGGAAAACAAAAAGAAUUAUAUCCUACGCCGGCUAAGUGUAUUCUAGAGAAAGGAACAGUAGAAGAAUUGGAUCCUACAUUAGACGAAUCAAAAAAUCGCCUAAAUUGUGAACAAAAGGAAUUAAUAACUCCUACUUUAGACGUUUUAAAAAAUCCUUUAAAUUGUGAUGAAAAGCAAUCUGCCAUAAAGCUGAACUAUAAACCAUUAGCUUAUAAAUGGAACCUAACUGUGGCCCAUUGUUGA